GACAGAAAGUAAGCGGCUGAAUCAUACACAGGUAACUCAGAAAAUAGCGAGGCAACAUUUUUUUUCUGGGCUUGUCAUGGAGUUAGCGUGAAAGAAAACAGGGAUUUUUUUCCAAUUUUCUUUACCAGUUAAACCAGUAUCUCUGGAUAGAACACGCUCAAGUUCUUGAUCAGGUAGAGUCUUUGGUCGAAAUCUCUUUCGUGUCCUCUUGAAAGUAAUCUUUCUUUCCCCCUAUUCGUUUACUUGACUUCAAUUGAAUUUCCAGACCUUUUGUUUGCUUCUCUUAUCACUGGAAAGGUGGACCUCGUGUUAUUUUUAUUUCAUCUUUGCUUUUAAUUGUAGUUUUUACCCUUGUGGUCCCUGAUGGCUUCGCACAGUGAUACUCUGGUGGUGUUCUUUGGGGCAACAGCUGGUGCAAAUGGGGGUAAACUGGGUUCGGAUGAGAGGGAAAUAAUUCUCUUGGUGUGGCAAAUUGUGGAUCUACAUGAGAAAAAGGUUGGGAAACUUCAGAGACGUCUUGUGAAGCCCGACUCUUUGGAGUUGACAGACCAGAGUAAAGAGGAGACUGGACUGUCUGUGGACGAACUCUACAAGGCUGAACCUCUGGACAAAGUUCUGCAACAGUUCCAGCAGUCCGUCUCAGCGGAGUUGAAGGCUCUGGGCAGAAGCUCCUACACACUGUGUGUCGACGGGCCCCUCAUCAUACGACAGGCCCUUCACCCUGAGGCCUCCAAGAAGAACCUGGUCCUGCCGGAGUGUUUCUACUCCUUUGUGGAUGUGAGGAAAGAGUUUCACAAAUGUUGUCCCAAUGCUGGACAGGUCCAGGACCUAACGCUGCCCUCUAUCCUAGAAUAUGUGUGCAUCCCAGAACUUCCCCUGUCAGAGCAGGUGAUGGGGCUGAAGGAGGUGAGGUGUAUGGUCCAGCUCUCCCUGCACAUCCUGGCUGAGCCAUACAAUCACAAAUUCUCAUGCUUUGAAGCUGUGAAGUACAAGCUUGAAUCGGGAGCAUGCAGUAAGACUGAACCAGUGGACAGUGAGACAGUGAUCAGAGCCAGGGGGUUGCCAUGGCAAUCUUCUGACCAGGACAUCUCCCGCUUCUUCAAGGGCCUCAACAUCGCCAAGGGUGGUGUGGCCCUCUGUCUGAACGCCCAGGGCAGGAGGAACGGUGAAGCCCUGGUUCGGUUCAUCAACCAGGAGCACAGAGACCUGGCCCUGGAGAGACACAAACACCACAUGGGCAGCAGAUACAUUGAGGUAUACAAAGCCACAGGAGAGGAAUUCCUCAAGAUCGCUGGAGGCACGUCCAACGAGGUGGCCCAGUUCCUGUCCAAGGAGAACCAGGUGAUCAUCAGGAUGAGGGGUCUUCCCUUCACCGCCUCUCCCCAGGARGUGUUGACCUUCCUGGGGGCCGACAGCCCCGUGACGGACYCCAGCGACGGCCUACUCUUCGUAAAGUACCCUGACGGGCGGCCCACAGGCGACGCCUURGUCCUGUUCUCCUGUGAGGAGUACGCUCUGAACGCCCUGAAGAAACACAAGCAGAUCCUGGGCAAGAGAUACAUUGAGCUGUUCAGAAGCACUGCAGCGGAGGUCCAACAGGUCCUGAACCGUUACAUGUCCACCCCUCUGAUCUCCACGCUGCCCUCUUCCAUGGUCCCCAUGCCGGUCUUGGCCACGCCCCCCUACCUGGCAACUGGCAGCACGCGGGACUGUGUCCGUCUGCGAGGUCUACCCUACACCGCUGCUAUAGAGGAUAUACUGGAGUUCAUGGGAGAACACACUAUUGAUAUUAAACCACAUGGAGUUCAUAUGGUGCUCAACCAACAGGGUCGUCCCUCAGGUGAUGCCUUCAUUCAGAUGAGGUCAGCUGACAGGGCGUUCAUGGUGGCCCAGAAGUGCCACAAGAAGAUGAUGAAGGACCGCUAUGUGGAGGUGUUCCAGUGUUCUACUGAGGAGAUGAGCUUCGUCCUGAUGGGAGGAACACUCAACCGCAGCGGCCUGUCCCCUCCACCCUGCAAACUACCCUGUCUGGCUCCUCCGGCCUAUGCUGCGUUCCCUUCUCCUGCCAUGCUCUCUGAGGCUGCUCUGUACCAGCCCCCCCUACUGGCCACCCCCAGAACACCCCAGCCCCCACACAGCCCCCACCCAACCCUGGCCUACUACCCCCCACAGCACCACCCUGCACAGCUCUACAUGAACAUGAACAUGAACUACACUGCAUACUACCCCAGCCCCCCAGUSUCUCCCUCCACGAUGAGCUACUUUGCGUCUCCUCCAGGGUCAGUAGCGUUAGCGGCCCAGCAGCCCCAUGCCCAAGGCCACGUUGCCUCUCCCAUGAUGCCCCAGCACGGCGCUCUAGUUAGGAUGCAGGGUCUGCCCUACAACGCCGGGGUCAAAGACAUCCUCAGCUUCUUCCAGGGAUACCAGCUCCAGCCGGAUGCCGUACUCCUGUUGUACAACUUCAGCGGCCAGCGUAGCGGCGAGGCCCUCAUCACCUUCCCCAGCGAGGAGUCAGCCAGGCGGGCCGUGGCCGAGCGCGCCAACCACCCCCUGUCUGGUCUCCCCGUCCGCCUGCUGGUGUGCUGCGACUGACCUCGACCAGCUGACCGCGACCAUGGAGGGAGGAGUCGAGGACCGCAACCGCUGAUUCCUUUUCUCCCUCCUUGUCACUUCCUCUCCCUCCACUACUGAUACACACACACACACACACACCUCCCCAAAAACAAUCUGCCGACUCUCCUCCCUCUUAGCCUCUUUCUCAAACUCCCUCUCAACAUUCAUACACAGACUGACAGACACCUCUCC